AUCACUGCGUUACUUUUUUCAGUGCAGGAACGGGGCGGGGCUGUGACGCCACUCCUCCCCUUGUUGAAAAGCUGCGCUAUUUGUGGUGGGACUUCAGUCUAAAGCUCCACUCUCUGGCCUCUGUUUCCGAGACUGUCCGAGAAGGCGAGAUGAGAGCGCUGCCCGUCCGUUUACUCAUCCUCUUCCUCAGCUUCGGCGUGCUGGCCCACUGCGCGCCCCCGACCUGCUACUCGCGCGUGCUGGGAUUGAGUAAGGAGAUCAUGGAGACGCUGGACAAAGUGCACAAAUCCUCGCGCACGACAGAGUGCGCGCAGUUUCUGCCGAAGAUGUUUCUCGACGUGCACAAUUCCUGCAUCAUGGCCAAGCUGAGAGACUUCCUGUAUGUGGCUGAAAAUCUGCCGUUGGAAUAUUGUUGGGAGCGUCCACGCAUGAUCUACCUGAAGCGCAGAGUCCGCGCCCUCUAUGCGAUCAUACACCGCGUGUGCUACCGGGACCUGGUGUAUAUAACACAUGACUGUGAAGCUCUGGAUACAGGCUACAGCAGCCCACGCUACACUGAGGACAGACUGCAGUUACUCGUGGAGACCAGCUGAGACAUGCACAUACAUGCACGCAUGCAUGCCUAAACGGAUCACAGUAAUGCUUUCUUUUACAGUCACUUAAAUUGUCACUUAGGCUGUGAGUUUUAGGCAGCAAGUGAAUUAUUUUGGGUAAUAUGGUAGUGAGUUCCAAGAUGGUUCAACUAAAUUGCACUGAAGUGUCCGAUACAAACUGAAUGCGAUACAAACUCCAAAGUGCUGUGUAAUUCUUUUGGGUAAAAUGAUGGUAAAUAUCAAGUCAAUAUAAAUAAAUUACACUGAAAUGACUAACAGGUUUCAGUUAUUAAGCUGAUAAAGGACACAGCAAAAUGUCUCAAGAUUAUUUGGAGUAACAAAGUGGUAAACAUAAACAUUCUCAUCGUCAUUUUCCAUAACGUCACAUGUUUAAGCAGGAAAGCAAAUUGGAAACACCUUAGAGUACCAAGUAGUUAUGUGGCAUAAAGUGAAGGCAUGAAGUAUAAGGAUAGUUUUUUAUGUAAAUGGUAAGAAGUCAGUAAUAGAUUCAGUCCAGAUUCAGUUUUGUUUGUGCAGUUGUAGGCAAAAAUUUUGGCACCCCAGUCAAGUUACAUUUUCCAAGGGAAAGUAAAUCCAUGGGUCCUCAUCACAUUUGAAUGCACCUUCUGUUUAUUUGCUUAAUUUAACAUAUUGAAAAAAUAAAAUUAUGGCCUGUGCAAUAGUUAUGGCAUUUUAUUUCAUGUUCUCUAUUUUCCAAUAUGCUAAAAUCAGCGAAUAAAUAGAAAUUGGGGAUUACAGUUUGCGGGAAAAUGUCUUAUUGGACUUUCUUCCCUGUGAAGGAUGUGUUAAUGAAUUUGCACAUAGAAAAUCAACAAAACAUGUCAUUUGGCCAGGGUUCAAACUUUUGCAUAUUACUGUAGGUCAUA